GACCGCUGGAUCACUGUGUCACGUCAAUUUUCACGAGUCCUUGAAAGAGUGUAUCGGACGGAUGUUGGUGAUUGUGUCCCAGAGUGAUUGAAACAGUGAAUACAUUUCAGUAAUAUAAUUUCAAUGAUAGAAGAAUGAACUAGGGAGUAAUGAAUUGCCAUCAGAUACUGAGUGGUGCCUGCAACGCAGGCGACCGCUGCUACGCUGUCGGCUCCGUCGAGGGAAUAUCAUUCACCGCCUAUGCAGCUGGCUGCAACAUCGUCAUUCUCGCAAGUAACUUCGAGAGAGUCCAGAUAAUACCGGGGGCUGUUCACAACUACAUAAGAAUCAGCUGUUUGGAUUGCAGUACUGACACUGGAAAAAUUGCCGCUGCGUAUGAGAAUCAAAUAUGUAUAUUCGAACCUACUCCGCUUAUUCACAGUACUUGCUCACACCAACUGGAGUACAGAUGGGUUCAAACCGGGAGUUUACAGACAGAAUCCAAUAUCACGUCUCUGUCAUGGAAUCUGGAGGGAACUCGUCUGCUCACUGGUGGAGAACUACUCCAACUGUGGCACCAGAACAUCCAACCUUUCCAGGAAGAGACCACUGGGGUGGUGACGUUUUCCAUUGGCGGGGAGGCGGAGAGCCCCGGCCCAGGGGACUCCAACUCUGCUAAUGAGCCUGGAGGCUGGAAUUGCGUUUGGAAAUGUCGAACGGCCACGCCGGUUCAUCUGAUGAGCUUCAGUCCCGAUGGCACUCUGUUUGCUACUACGGGACUCAAUGAUAGACUCGUUAAGAUAUGGUUUGAGAACAAACAAUUAUUUCCAAUGAGGAGCAUGGAUCAGACCGGCUUUGGGCAGUCGAUACCCAAUGACAGCUAUGGUUUCGUUUACGUGGCACAUCCUCGAGCUGUGACACACUUGUCCUGGAGAAAAACUAGUAAAUAUAUGCCGAAGGGAUCCGUAUCGAACAUGCUAGUGACAUCGUGUCGUGACAAUAUCUGUCGAGUGUGGGCUGAGACGAUACCCCCCGAAAUCGAGGGCCUGGCCAAUAUGAGCCAGUUCGAGGGCUCAGACAGGCAUGGUCAUCAUGGAAAACAUCGACACCACAGUAUGCAUAAGCAUCGAUUUAUGCAGCGGCUCAAGCACAUGAAGACAUGUUUUCACAUUCGACGUCAUGCUAAACAGCAACAGCAUCAGAAUGGCCACACUGCACCCACCCUUCCAACUCUACCCUCUACGUACUCUGUUCAUGAUUUUCACAAUAAUUAUCAGGGGGCUGGACAUUAUCCUGGGAUGCAUUUUCAUCUUGCUGCGAGUAUUAAUGCGGAGACUGAUAUUCCCUUGGUACCGAGUCUCGUCACCGGAGACCCUGAGAGAGAACCCAAUUUCAUUCUCCAUUGGUUGAACAAUAAGGAAAUGCAUUUCACGAUGCAGGCCGAGAAUAUUCUCCAGGAACUAACGAGAAAAGUAGUGGAGAAAGAGGAGAGCCUUCAGCAUCACGACUCCGACCACGCUGAUCAUGAUUCAGAGGACGAACAUACACCAAGCAGCAUCUUAUCAUGUUAUGGUAUGGCGCAUCCCACAGAGAAAGCCCCGAGACAUCAGCCCAACACGAGAUCAGGAGUUGGACGUGGAAUGAGUCAGGAGGACCACAGCAGUGAUGAGCAUCACACACCCCACACGGGGUCUUCUCAUCACAGUCUACCACACAGUGGUCACUCCCACCAAAGUUUAAGCAAUACAACCUCAAUCAACUCAAUAGCCACCGACGCCACGUCGACAAUAAACCACGCGCCCGACUCGCUCGAUACAAAAAUCGAGACCCUCCUCCGAGAUUGGCACCACAAUCCCGACCUCCUUUUCUCAAUUCACCCAAUAGACGGAUCCUUCCUCAUCUGGCACAUCGAGUGGUUAGACGAGUACCACCCUGGUUCAUUCCGUCAGGCUCAGAUCUCCUUCUCUACGCGCAUCCCCAACGCCUUCCCCCUGGGAGAUGCUUCCACAAUGAGCCACAACGUCUCCAUGUAUUCACACAAUACCGGCGGUCCCCUCUUGAGCAUCCGCGAGGUUGCCAAAUCUUCAACAAAAUCGAACGACCAUCCGGGCAACGAGGUGUCGACCCCUCUCCCGAGCCUGAUCGAACAGGACGAGGACCAGUCAACCCUGACCUCGAAAGCAGGUCAAGAACUCCUGCAAAGCGUGCAGAAUUCCGCAGACCAGAACUCAACUUUCCCAAUUGAAAACGGCACAAGAACAGUGGCAGAACAAGCUAAAUCCACUCAGGAGACGGUUCACGACUUCCUAGCGCACCCCAGUCCCAUGGUCUCGAUGGUCUCAAAGCACUCCAACGGGACCCUUAACCUCUGGCAGCUGACCUUUGCCGACAGAACAAAAUUCUCUCAGGUGCUGUCCAUCGGUCACGCCUGCAGGGCUUCGGGCCAUCGCUUCCGGGUAAACGAUAUCACGUGUCACCCCGUCCUGCCCCUUCUAGUCACAACCUCCCAUCACAAUAUCCCAGAGUACAACCCAAAGAACUCAACCUCCCAGAACCUAGACCUCCCGGACCAUCAGAACGACUCAGCUUACAAGAAAGAGAUAAUGUCAGCUACUGGAUUCUGCAGCGAACUCAUACUCUGGCGAGUGGAUGCAGUUGGUCCUCUGUCCAAGAGUGGCGGAGUCUCAGAGUUAGCUAGGAUAAACUCCCCCGAGAUAUCAGCCUUCAGCAAUGUAGCUUGGAUCCCCACUUUACUUCCGUCAACAACUCUUGGGAAUCUAUCGAAUUCGCCAAGUGCUUGUUUUGUCGCAAGUGAUGGACAAUGCCUCCGAGUGUACCAAGCAGUGAUCGACGCAAGAACAUUAUUAGCAGAAAUAUCGAUAUCAGAGAGGAGAAGCAGGAUGAUGGACUCGAUGGCGAGCUUGUCCACAGACAUAUCUUCGGAUGAUGACGUGCGACAUUCAUUACACGACCGAAUUAAGAUCGUGUCUCAACAAUCGACUGCCCGUCCGGGCUGCAUCAUCCAGUUGGACGCUAUAUCAGACGCCACUCACGACUGGCAGAAUACCCAGUUCCUGCACGUGUUUCAAGAGCAAUUGAUAACAGGAGAGAGAAAUGAUGAAAAACAGACUGGGGUGGACAGCUCAGCCAAGGAUUUAGGUCUGAUGGAAUCCACCCUGGAUGCCAUGGUCGAUCUUCAGCAGUCCGCCAUAUUUGAAGAACCCUUUUACAUAGUUGUUCUUGAAAGAACAGCGAAAGGAACUACAGUACACAUGUGGAGAUUGGUGAUAGCUUCUCAACCAGAGACGACAGAUCUGACUGGUUCUAUGAUGUACGUCCCAGACUCUCAUUUAGUUCAGGAUGAGGAUGAGGAGGGCACCCCUGGGAGACACUCCGAUGGUAGAAGAUCGAGACGACCAAGUCAGACUGGCGGACGAAGCAGAAAAUCAUCACAAGCUGAUUAUGACCACACUUACCUCCACCGUAGACACCACAACAGUCACGUCUUGAUCAAAACGACUAAAGUCUGUACCCAAGAGUUGGGUCUACCUGAUGGUGUUGAAGUUGUUCAUGCCGCACCGGCUGCUGGCCAUCUGAGCAGUUCAUCGAUCUAUCCCGCAUGCUUUGCGCCAUACAUCGUUGUAACUGCUUGCAGUGACAGUACAGUGCGUUUCUGGAAGUGCAAGGUAACGAAGGGUGAGGAUGGUCAGCUUCAGUACGAGUGGAGGGAGUGGGAGAUGAUCAGAAAGGAUCAAGAGUCGACUAUUGAUAUAUCGGGGCAGCCUUUGAAUAUCAGUGCUGCUUACAGUGGGAGGAUAGCUUGUGCUUACAAAUACGGAAAGUCUUUCACGAGACCUGGGAAGAACGAUCCUGACUCGAGGUAUGUGAAUUUAUGCGUGGCUAUCUAUGAGUGUGAGAGCACUGGGGGAAGCGAGUGGAUUCUGGAAGACACGAUUCAUCUGAAGAAUAUUCAUCUGCCGAGGAUUCAGGUGGAUCAGCACUUGGACCUGAGUUAUCUUUAUGAUAGCAGAUAUCUCCAGAAGAAGCAGAGAUUGACUCAAGUCCUUCAGACUCUCUCCCAUGAGGACAUCAGGUCGCCUCGAAAUGGAGAGAAUGGAGAAACUAAGGCGAACGCUGGUCUUCUAGCAGUCCCGUCCUUCAGUACUCUCCAAUCACUUAGGAAAUCUAUAAUAGAAAAUGGAAACACUUGUCCGCUGACGCAGAAACAUUUAGUCCAACUUGACUGGGUAUCUAAAGAGGAUGGUUCCCAUAUCUUGACAGUUGGUGUCGGCUCAAAGAUAAUGUUGUUCACUCCGGUCUGUUCAGAUCUAGCUCAAGCCAACAUGAAAGCUAUGAAAGAGUCUCAAAGCACUAAUCGUCCAAUUCUGAGGAAGAUGUCAUCAUUAGCGCAGCCUCAAUUUGUCGAUGAAAUUCGGUGGAUGAAACUGAGGAAAAUCAGACUGACGACUGCUGACGGCCUCCCACCACUCCCCAUGCAGAUAUCCUGGGUGAGGGAUGGUAUUCUAGUCGUGGGGAUGGAUUCUGAGAUGCAUGUGUACUCGCAAUGGAAGCCGAACCCGAAGAACGAAUGUUUCCAUUCGAAUCUUCAGCACCAGGAGUCUGACGAAUUCCAAGCCAGCAGAAAUCUUCGUGAUGAGGACCUGAGGACUCUCGCCCAAGAGACGUCUCAGAGAAGACUAGCUAAUGUUUCCUCAAUGCCUCAUCUGUCUAGGGUCAGUAGCAUAAACUUGACGAUGUUGGACGCUAAGAAGAAACGAGGGAUGCAGAAUGAUACAGUAAGCUUCGACUACAUGCCAGAUUACGGUCUCUUCGAGGCAUCUCGCAUAGCUUGUCCAGUCCUCCCUCAGUACCAUCCGAAACAGCUGAUGGAGCUACUCAACUCCGGAAAGAUCCGAUGGGUCAAGGCGAUCCUCGCGCAUCUCGUCAGAUGUAUUACAAGUUCAUGCUCGGUCAGAGCUGAUGAUGAGAAUCUAAUGAAACAACGGAGUGGCUGGACCAGAUCUCGGACGAUGUCAGUGAGCUAUACUGGGACGACAUCACCGUUGGAACCUACAGGCUCCACCACCCAAAUCCCUGAGGAAUUGACCCUAGAUUACGCGGAGAUCACUUCGAUAUCUCCUCUCCCAUUAUGGACUCUACUCAUCGCGGAUAAAGAAACCAGUGCGGCACAGAUUCAGAAUGAGGAUAAACAGGAUUACAAUGAGCUCUUUGAUGGUCACAUGGACGAGGGUGAGUCCCUCGACGACAUGUUGGACGACAGCUAUGAAGGCUCUCGUCAGAAAGAUAGAAGGGCCUCCGUCCCAGAACGUCAGGGAAUCUCUCACUUCGGUCCUCGUCAAGGAAGACUCCUGUCCCGGUUGCUAACUCAUACUCAUCUACCCGGACUAUCUUCCCUCGACCAGAUGCACCUUCUCGCUCUAGCUGACACAGUCUCCACUUGCAACGUAGACUUUGCCGAGCGAUUCGCCAUCGAUGCUGCCAAGACAGCGAUCGCCAAAGAGAACCUCACGGGAAUUCCCGAUGGAGAAACUGUCUCCACGGACUCCCUCGACGACUGCGGACUACGAUUCCUACUAGCUAUGAAGCAUUACAACUAUCUUAUCAAGUGUUUGCCUCUAGCCCAACGUGCGCAAUUCCAGAAACAAGGAGUGUCUACCAACAACCUAGUCUGGGCUUUCCAUUCAGAAUCUGAAGAAGAACUCCUAGCUCUGAUUCCGUCAUACGCCAAAGGACAACCGAAAUGGUCGAUCCUGAAGGAAUUGGGUGUCGGCUGGUGGAUCAGAAGCAACACGGUCCUAAAGACUUGCGUCGAAAAGAUCGCCAAGUCCGCUUUCCAACAGAAUCAAGAUCCCCUGGACGCCGCCAUCUAUUACCUAGCCAUGAAGAAGAAGAACAUCGUCUGGGGACUCUUCAGAAACAAGAGGGAUGAGAGGAUGACUGCGUUCUUCUCCAACAACUUCACGGAGGAUCGCUGGCGGAAAGCAGCUCUCAAAAACGCUUACGCAUUAUUAGGAAAACAGAGAUUUGCACAUGCUGCUGCAUUCUUUCUCCUAGCUGGAGCUCUUCGGGACGCCAUCGACAUCUGUCUCCAUAAGCUGAACGACAUCCAAUUAGCAAUGAUUAUAGCGAGACUGUACGAAGAUGACAUGACGUCUCCGAACUUCAAGCGAUUACUCUGGGAGGAGAUCCUGGGAUGCGAUGAGAACGGAGAGAAUCCUGACAGCAAUGCUGCUCAUCCUGAUCCAUUCUUGAGAAGCAUGGCUUUAUGGCUCCUGAAGGAUUACUCUGGUUCAUUGAAUACUCUGCUGCUGACGAACGUCGGGAGUCUUCAUCCACAGUACAAUGAUGAGUCUGAAAAGCCUGAAGGGGCGACAGCAAAUCCAAAUGUCUUUAACUUCUACGUUUACCUGAGGACUCAUCCCCUUCUGAUAAGACAAUACAUAGCAUCGACUGCGCAGGAUAAGAAGAAAGGGACUUCAGUCAUGUUAUCAGGGUUUAGUUACGGAACUGAGGGAAAAGGACAGGCUGACAAGCAGCUGUUGUUGGAGGACAGCAUAACUCCUUUGGAGAGACAGUUGUAUUUCACCACUGCUCAUGCACAUUUCAAAGCUGGGUGCCCAGCUCUAGCGCUCGAGGUGCUUUCCAAACUCCCAAAUAAGGUGAUGGAUACCAAUGGAGAAGAUUCUCCCAGUCUUCUGAACAGUCCCAUCAAGUCUAGGACGAAGGAUGUGCAGAUUGAUACCGGGAUGAUUAGUUGGGAUAUAGGAGAUACUGAAAAGGACAGUGCGAAAGGAGACUCUGGGAUGGAUUGGGGUGGUUCAGCGAUAGAUUGGUCACAACCUGUGAAGAAAGAGGAGGAGGAGUUGAAGCUGGAUUGGGAUGAUGAUGAACCUGCGGAAGAGAUUGACUCACCACCGUUGAGCAUGAAGAUGGAUAAGAGGGAGGAGCAGAGUGAUAAGGUUGAGGAGAAGGAUGGAGAGGGGAUCAAGCCUGUGGCGCAAUUGGAUAUCAUGGCGCAGCAGCUCAAGUUUGUGGCUUGUUUGAAGAUUCUUAUGGAGGAGUUGUCGACUUUAGCGACUGGGUUUGAGGUGGACGGUGGCCAGUUGAGGUAUCAGCUUUAUGUCUGGCUUGAGAGGGAGGUUGACGCUCUGAGGCAAUUGUGCAGCUACAGUGUCAAUUCGGAUGGAGAUGUCACCAAUGUCAUCGAAUACGAAGGUGGUAUGGUUGACGACGUUGCUCCGUACAGACCUGGUGAACAGCCAACCUUGCAUGAGAUUUUAGUCGCUGAAAAGCUAGAUUUUGAAGCUAAAGUGCAGAGAGCCGCCAGACGGAAAAAGUGGCUUAAAGCAAACGAGACACUCCUCCGCACUCUGCUGUCCUACUGUUCACUCCACGGUGCCUCAGGUGGUGGUCUAGCCUCCGUCCGCAUGGAGCUCGUCCUCCUCCUUCAGGAACUCCAACAAGAAAAAACCCAACAACAGCUCCUCUCCCCACUUCCCUUCCCCACCACCCUUCCGCUCCUGUCUGCCAGCGUCGCCUGCAACAAAACAGUCGUAGCAGACCCUGUCCGCCACCUGCAAUCCCUGGCCCACGAUAUGCUCCAGACCCUCGUGGAACUGCACUCUCCACCGACUCCCAACCGUAAUACCCAUUACUGCGAGGUCUUCAUAAUGCGUGACUUGGCAGUGGCCUUGAGCGCCUGCAUUUACCAGUCCUUAUGCGACUCCGACACCUUCGUGAUGAAGCACCACCAGCCAGACAGCUUUCCAGCAGUGGCUGAGGUCGAGUCCUUCUCGGGAGGUCAUCUAGUCGCUUCUAAUCGUUACCACCGUCGUUACUCCACUGAUGAGGGGGUGAUAAUCACGACCCUUCCCGCAAAAUGGCCAGGGGUUACGAACCUCCGAGCCCUUCUAGCCAGAGAAAAGGAUGAGGACACACCAAAGCUUAACAUUCUCCUCUGCGAGGCCUUCGUCGCCACCUUCAUGAGUCUCUUCGUUUACGCUCUAUCCAGCUGUGACAGCCACAUCCUCUACCGCCUUGUGGGCCACAGAUUUGACAAUAAUACAUGGGCCACCCUGUUCGGUGGUGGUGUUAAGAAGUUAGUUAGGAUAGCGAGCACAUCGAGUAGACCAUCUAAUAUUGUGGUUGAACGUGCUGAUAGCUUCUCGGGUGAGCUACAAGCUGCGGCUGGUGGUGUCUGGAACACUAUGACAUCGUUGACUAAGCAACGAGUCAAGUUGAAUAUGAAGUUAUUGGGACAAUUCACUGGACAACAACCCAAUAUCAAGGAGGAUAAACCAACUUAUCGGGAGCAAUUUGUAUCACCUCAGAUGAGCAUGGUAUCAUAUUUCCUCAUGAAACCGAGGAUUGAGAGCGAAUAUGCCGAUGAGAUUGAUUAUGAUUCUUCGGACUCUGCUAUUUCGGAUUUAGGUUCAUCCGAGGACGAGGAGGAUGUUUUUGAUACGAACGUUAAACCAAAGAGUAAGCCAAAGGAUAACACAGAGCACUCAAAUCCCACGUCAUACAGUUGGUGCAUUAUGAGAUUAGCUAUUGUUAAGAUACUCCAGCAACAGCUCCAGGAUUUCCUGACUGUUGCUGGAAUUGAGAUGCAGGAGUUGCCAGUGAGUAGUCCCUUGAUUCAUGGGACUUUGGGAAUUGCUGCACAGUGGCAAGAAACAUUGAGGGAGGAAUUGGAGUCCAAAGGGCCACCACCAGUUCAUUUUAUCCCUGGAUGCGCACCUGAUCCUGCACCAACGCCUGGAAAACCAGCAAUUCACAAGUACAGAUCGUUAUUGGAGAAGGAGAAUACGCCUUUUAACACGAGACUGGCUUCGGCUGCUCCUGCCAACAGACUCUGGUCCUAUUUGGUUAGGCAGGAGCCUGUUCAGGAUAUCUUCAUUCGUGCUGUCUUUGGGAAGAGGAGGUCAUUGUCAGCUAUUCUCGAGAAUCAGACGAAUGUCGAUGGAAAUACUAGGGGAGAGGAUAAGGGAAGUGAUUCCGGAACAACUAGUCUUCCUGAACCAGUUAGGAUCAUUCAUAAGGAGCAGGAUAGUAUUAGUGCCUUCUGUCUUAAUCAGGUUAACCCUGGCUUGAUGGCUCUCGCUACACCGAGGGAAGUACAGGAAAUGGAUAUAUCGUUGUUGCUGGAGUUACCGAGCUGGCUGGAGGAUGAGUGCGAGUUUGAUAUUAUUAAUUUGAAUAAACAGGUUGAUCCGGAACCUGUACCACCGACCAGUUUUCUAGUCAUACAGACCGCAGCUGAUAGACCACUAUUGGCCCAGAGUCCCCAAUCAAACAGCCCUCAACCCCAAUCCGGAAUAGCGAGUCAAAGUGGACGUGGUGCAAGUGUCAUGAAGGGGAUGCCCGCUUUUCCUGGCUCCCACGACCUGCGCUUCUGUCAGUUUGUCGCUGAUAGGAGUAAACACUUGUUGAAGCCGAUCCUGAAACAUAAAAUCGAUGGCAUUAGGAGAGUAUCUGCGCAUCCACUUCUACCUUUGUACUUAACUGGAUCUCAAGACGGCUCAGUCUCUCUCUGGGAGUGGGGCCACCAGACAGCAGUGGCAACCCCUCGUCCCCCAGGAACUUUUGCAAAAGUCACUCGAGUCCGUUUCGCCCAGCACGGGAAUAAAUUCGGUGUAGCCGACUCCGACGGCCAUCUGUCGCUUUUCCAAGUCGCCUGCAGAGAGGGUACAGCCAGGCCCUUCUUCAAUUAUCAAUGCCACAGCAAGGUCACCGCGGACUUUGUGUUCUUGGGUGCCUGCAGUCUUGUGGCGACAGCUGGUCACGGUUCCGAGGGUCGAAAUGUCGCCCUCUGGGACACUCUUCUGCCCCAGAAUAAAUCUCUCGUUCAGGGAUUUACGUGUCACGAUCAGGGGGCGAGCUCGGUUAUUCUGGCUCCACAGCAUCAGUUGUUGAUCAGUGGAGGGAAGAAGGGGGAUAUUAAUAUCUUUGAUGUGAGGCAGAGACAGCAGAGGCACAGGUUCCAGGCUCAUGAGUCGGCUAUCAAGUGCUUGGCGCUUGAUCCUCACGAGGAGUUCUUCGUCAGUGGAGCUGGUGAUGGUGAUAUCAAGGUUUGGGGUCUUACUGUCCAUUCUCUGUUGUAUUCCUUCCCUGGGGAGCAUCCGAGAUCGAGUUUCUUCAAGAACAUCGGUCAAGGGGUGACACAAUUGCACGUAGAUUCAGCAGGUAGACUGUUCUCCUGCGGUGCAGACGGCUCAAUGAAGGUGCGUCAGCUCCCCGAACGUGACUGCGUCGUCCACACCCUCUACUAGCACCACUAAAACCCGAAAAAAAAACGGAGUAAAAACCCCCAGAACGAUCCUCCCAUCCUAGUAAGUAAUGGACCCGCAACCAAAGUCACGCAUUAACGCCGAGCAAUGGUCACACUCUCCAUGCGAAUGUACUCGUACAAACCCUCGCUUGAAAUUCCAUUCUCAUUAUUUUUCAGAAAUAUUGACGACAAUUUCUUCCUUUAAUUGAAUCCAAACGUCACUGCCAACAUGUUCCCACGUCGAGUAGACGAAUAAUUUACACAUUUCAACUGAAAAAUUUCCUAUAAUUUUUUGAGAGUACAUUUCUGGAAUGUAAUCGUGAGCGUAACCAUUGCCUAUCGACAUAAUAAAUGCUACUCGCUAGCUUCUUAGGAGCGAAAAAAAAUGUUAAGAGUAUUUCAAUGAUGAAGUGCAGGCGAAUUUACCUUUCCAAGCUCUAGAAUUCAGUAAAGAAGUGGUUAAAAACAGAUUAAUUAAUUGAACUUCAAGAUAAACUACAGUUUUAAUUUUCUCGACUGAAAUUGUUUAAUUAUUUUCAAAAAAACUCAUGUGCAAAUUCAAUUAAUUUGUCCCAUUUUAUUAGAUUUUUUGAUGAGUUUUUGUUGAAUAUCUCUGAAUUGGAGUGGAUUAGCAGAACUUUUGUUAAGAUCCCUUUAUAGAAGAAAUUGAUAUUAAAAAAAUCUGCAAAAAUUGUGUCAAUUCCUCUGAAUUUUCGCACAAAAACUGAAGAUGAAAGAAGUCAAUCAUCGAAUUUUAACCACUUCUUGCCUGAGUAUUUUUUUUAUUCAACAUUCUGCUUAGAAGAAUAUUAUUUUUUCAAGUAUAAAAACCAAUAGAGUAAUUAAUACCUCAUCACUGUGAAGAAAUAAAAGAAGAGUUAUUUUUCCUCGAACUUUCAAGCGCAUUUGAGCUAAAUCGAAUGGCCUAUUUUAUCAAUCUCUCCAUUGAAUCUUCACCUUAGACAUAGCUUUCUACUCUUCUCCCCUUGUUUUUCUCUCAAUCUUUCUAUUAUGGAUAAAUAAUAUAUGUCAACGUUGACUCGUUUUCGUAUUGAAAUCACUUUGUAUAAAUAAACGUACAAAAGCAUAUUGAAAUACGAUAAUAAUGUGUGUUGAGUAAUCGUACACUCUCGUGCGAAAUCAGUCGACGUUCCCAAAAAAAAAACAUAAGAGAUAUCGAAUAUAUUAAUUAGCUUUCUUAUC